AUACGAGACCUCUCAACUCCCCCAUUCCCAUUUCAGGGCACCACUUUCUCGUCCAGUAACAAACCCAGCUAUCAUUACUCUCUCUCAUCACACACACUCUCUCUCUAGAAAGAAAACCCUAGUAGGACGAUGGCGGUGGGAAGAGGAGCGAGAACGGAGAAGAAGAUAGCGUACGACGAGAAGCUGUGCAAGCUGCUGGAUAUUUAUAACCAGAUACUUAUUGUGGGGGUUGAUAAUGUUGGGUCGAAUCAGUUGCAGGGGAUCAGGGCUGGGUUGAGGGGUGAUUCUAUCAUUUUGAUGGGGAAGAAUACGAUGAUGAAGAGGUCUAUUCGUGUUCAUGCUGAGAAGACCGGAAAUACUGCCAUUCUUAGCCUCAUUCCUCUCCUUGUGGGAAAUGUGGGUUUGAUAUUUACCAAGGGUGAUCUGAAGGAAGUGAGUGAUGAAAUUGCCAAAUAUAAGGUUGGAGCUCCUGCACGUGUUGGCCUCAUUGCUCAAAUUGAUGUCGUUGUGCCCCCUGGAAACACAGGGCUUGAUCCAUCCCAGACAUCCUUCUUUCAGGUGCUUAAUAUUCCCACUAAAAUCAACAAAGGGACGGUGGAGAUAACAACAAACGUGGAUCUGAUCAAGAAGGGGGACAAGGUUGGGUCCUCUGAAGCUGCCCUUCUGUCAAAGCUUGGUCUGAGGCCCUUUUCAUAUGGCCUAAUUGUGAAGUCAGCUUAUGACAAUGGCUCUGUCCUUAGUCCAGAUAUUCUUGAACUCACUGAAGAUGAUGUUGCACUUAAGUUUGCAAAUGCGUUGGCAAAUGUUGCUGCUGUUGCCCUUUCUAUUUCCUACCCAAGUAUUGCUGCAGCACCAUCCAUGUUCAUCAAUGCCUACAAAAAUGUCUUGGCUUUGAGUGUGGCAACAGAUUAUACUUUCAAGCAGGCUGAGAAAAUAAAGGAGUUUUUGAAGGAUCCUUCUAAGUUUGCUAGCACUGUGGCUGCGACUGCUGCUCCAUCUGGUGGUCAGGCAGCUCCUGCAAAGGAGGAAGCUAAGAAGGAAGAACCAGAAGAGGAGUCAGAUGAUGAUCUGGUGUCUGGUUUGUUCGAUUAAGAUGAGUCUAGUCGUUUUGCUAAUGACACUCGAAUGCUGAGAGAGUUUAGUAGUCAUAUGUCUAAAGACAAUCUGCUUUGCUUGCUUUUGUAAGACCUUAUUCCUAUGCUUUGUUUAACGUUUGAAUCUGCUGGAUGCUAGGAAGUAGGAACGUUCCAAGUUGUUGGCCGUUUAAGUUCCAAAUCUGCCGAGGGUUAAAUAAUCUUCUGAACAUUUAGAUGCUUGCUAAAACCUCUAAUUCUCUCUGGUUUUCA